AGCUCAAUGUGACCAGGUUUACUACAGAAGCGACCCAUGCAAGCGUUUGUCCGAGGGGACUGGUAUGUUUGUCUGGUCGUGAGAGUUCUUGGUGAUGUAAAAUGAGUUCUUCAGAUGAACGGUGUCAGGGGACAAAACGACCGGCAUCUCCAAGUGAAUCAGGAUCCACACAAUGGGAAUCAGCAGAUUUAGGGACGGACGAAAGGAAACAGAAGUUUUUGAGGCUUAUGGGAGCCGGAAAGAAAGAGCACACUGGGCGUCUUGUUAUUGGAGACCACAAAUCAACAUCCAAGUUUCGCACUGGUGCAGAAGAUCAGAAAAUAAACUCUGAGCUAGAGCACCAGUACCAGCAAGGUUUAGAUGGAAAGCUCUCUGGCCGGAACAGAAGACACUGUGGCUUGGGAUUCAGUGAGCCUGAUCCCCAAUCUGAGAGUCAGAGCACUGUUGAGUUUGAAAGGCCAGGAAGCCCAGACAAGAACUCUGAGAAGACACAUGAGCAACAGCAGGAGCAAGAAAAGUCACAUUCAGCCAAUACAGAGGUUGAAAAAGAGGAACAGUCUGACACACACUCAAAGGAGGACAAGAAAAAGACUUUAAAAAUGUCAUUUGUCAAGGCAUCAUAAAACAAGAAGAAAUUGCUUGAAUGUCUUCAGAUUUUUGUAUUGCUCACUCAAAAAAACCCUGUAAUGGUUCUCAUUUACAGGAUAACCCCCUCAAAAAAACCCCACAAAACUGAAGGCAUGAAUUCAAAAUUAAUUUUUUUUCCUGUGCCAAGCAAUUUGGAGCUUGAUGGGUAGCAAGACUUUCCCCAUUUCUUAUCAUGUAUGUAGACAAAAAUAAUUGUGGUCUGUGGUGUUGUAUAGAAAUUUGCAGUAUUACAUGUAUGCAAAUACUUUGCUCAAUAUCAAUAAAAAGAACAAAAAAGAGA